AUGGAGCGCUUAUCACUAAAUGACAGCUCUGCCAAUGCGCAGCGGAAUCCUCAACAGCAGCAACAACAGUUUCAACAACAGAAUGCCCUUGGUUCUGCUGGCCAAGCGCCUACCUCCGGCCCGCCGCAACUUCCCCCACAGAUGUUCACUACCGCCGCACAGCUGCUGGACUUGACAGAUAAGAAGCUAGUCCUCGUCCUGCGCGAUGGUAGAAAGCUAGUCGGUGUACUGCGGAGCUGGGAUCAGUUCGCCAACCUCGUCCUCCAAGAUACCGUCGAACGAAUCUACGCCGGAAAAGUUUAUGCUGAUGUCCCGCGCGGAAUCUUCCUCGUCCGUGGUGAGAAUGUGUUGCUGUUGGGAGAAGUGGAUCUUGACCGCGAAGACGAGGUUCCUACUUCGGUAACAAAGGCUCCAUUCGAGGAAGUCUUCGAACUCAAGAAGCAGGAAGAUAGCAAGCGCAAGAUCGGUGACAAGAAACGACACACUGAAUUGUCGGCUCUGGGAUUCGAGCCUGAGCACAGCGGCGAGAUCUUGUUCUAG